AUGGCUGCUUCGCGUCCCUCGUCCUUGGCGGCGUUCCUGUUACUGGGGUCCGCCGUGGUCCCUGGCGUCGAUGCAGGUCUUCGUACCGCGUCAAGCGAGGACAAGACAGCCUAUGAGCUCUUGUGUGGAACCCGCCUUGGUAUGAGGAAGUGGAUCGAGAAUCCGUGUGGCAUGUUUAGCCCCACGUGCCAGAAGUUGGACUUCAAGUGCGACGGCGAUUCGCGUGUGGAAGAGCUAACGAUCGGUUGGCACCAGGACACGUUCGGCCUCGGCUCGCUCACAAACCUUUUGGCGCCUCGCACGGGAUGGCCCAUUUUGGAUUCCCUCGCUGAAAAGGUCGGCACGUUCAUGACCUUCAAAAUCAAGAAAGACCUUGCACCUGUAGAGGAGCCAGGCCAACCCCUUGUCACCCGCUACUUUCUGCAGUCAUUCGGUUGCGACGACCCGAAGGACGAGUGCUACAUCCCUUGGCCUGAGUAUGAGCCAGUCCGUGAGGACGGAGUCAAAGUGGGUAUCACGCGGUUCUACCUUGCCUACAGCCAGGAGGUUCCAGGGCACCCUGAGGCCCGCAUCGAGAUUGGUCAGUGGGCGACGGAUCACUCGAAGUCUAAUUUCACGCUCCUCGGGACGGGCGUGGAAUCGCCGCCCGAGCUCAUGUUCGCAGGAUCCAUCGGCACGGGCUGUGCCAAGGACACGGCCUGCGACAAGCCCGAGAACCAUGAGGUUCCUGUGCCUUUUAAGGAGUUCGAGGUCACGACCACCCACCUGAUGGAGCACCCUGAGGGCUCUGGCCUCUUCCAGCUCAAGAGCAAUACGAACAAGGCCGUCCAGGAGGAGACCGUCAUCCACAAGUUCAAGGAGAACAACUGA